GAUGGUGGGGUGUGAGGCCCAAGAGAAAGGUUCAGUCUGUUGAGGGAGUGAAGAGUUUGGGGUAAAGGCUGAAGCAAGCUUGAGCAGCGAGGGGGUCCCAGCUGGAAGUAUGUUGGCUCACAUUGCAAGCUGGUCCCAGGAUUGCUGUUGGAGUGCUGGAUGGAGCCUUUCUCUGUCCUCUGUGACAUUUCCAAUUUUAGAUAAUGCCUCACAUGUCUGCCCCGCUGGGACCCCUUGGACCCCCAUGAUCCCGAAGAAGACAGCUUGAAUUUAGAACGCUCCUCCCUCCCUCCCCAGACCUCACCCCAGGAUGCUGCGGAGGCUGCUGGAGCGGCCCUGCACUUUGGCCCUGCUUGUGGGCUCCCAGCUGGCCGUCAUGAUGUACCUGUCCCUAGGGGGCUUCCGAAGCCUCAGUGCUCUGUUUGGCCGAGAGCAGGGGCCCACGUUUGACUAUUCUCAUCCUCAUGAUGUCUACAGUAACCUCAGCCACCUGCCUGGGGCUCCUGUUGCCCCAGGGCCCCCUCCAGCUCCUCAAGGUCUGCCCUACUGUCCAGAACGAUCUCCUUUCUUAGUGGGUCCCGUGUCUGUGUCCUUCAGCCCGGUGCCAUCGCUGGUGGAGAUUGUGGAGAGGAAUCCCCGAGUGGAACCAGGCGGCCGGUACCGCCCUGCAGGGUGUGAGCCCCGCUCCCGAACAGCCAUCAUUGUGCCCCACCGUGCUCGGGAGCACCACUUGCGCCUCCUGCUCUACCACCUGCACCCCUUUCUGCAGCGGCAGCAGCUUGCUUAUGGCAUCUAUGUCAUCCACCAGACAGUCUGGUCCUCCUCCAUUAUCUUCCAGGCUGGAAAUGGAACAUUUAAUAGGGCAAAGCUGCUGAAUGUCGGGGUGCGGGAGGCCCUGCGCGAUGAAGAGUGGGACUGCCUGUUCUUGCAUGAUGUGGACCUCCUGCCAGAGAACGACCACAAUUUGUAUGUGUGUGACCCCCGGGGACCCCGGCAUGUUGCUGUUGCCAUGAACAAGUUUGGAUACAGCCUCCCGUAUCCCCAGUACUUUGGAGGGGUAUCGGCACUCACUCCUGACCAGUACCUGAAGAUGAAUGGCUUCCCCAAUGAAUACUGGGGUUGGGGUGGCGAGGAUGACGACAUUGCUACCAGAGUCCGCCUGGCUGGGAUGAAGAUCUCUCGCCCCCCUACGUCUGUGGGACAUUAUAAGAUGGUGAAGCACCGAGGAGAUAAGGGCAACGAGGAAAAUCCCCACAGAUUUGACCUCCUGGUCCGGACCCAGAAUUCCUGGACACAAGAUGGGAUGAACUCACUGACAUACCAGUUGCUGGCUCGAGAGCUGGGCCCUCUCUAUACCAACAUAACAGCAGACAUUGGAACUGACCCUCGGGGUCCCCGGACUCCCUCUGGUCCCCGUUACCCACCUGGGUCCUCCCAGGCCUUCCGUCAAGAGAUGCUGCAGCGCCGCCCCCCAGCCAGGCCUGGCCCCCUGCCUACUGCCAACCACACAGUGCCCCGUGGUUCACACUGACUCCUUCCUGCCCGCUUCGUCAUGAAACUGAAUCAGCGGGGUUGUACUCUCCCCCGCCCUCGGCUCCUCACUGCUCUUAGAGGGAUGUAGGAAGACAACUCUAGAGCUGUGGUGGGGGCAAGGGCUGGACUGGAGCUGGGCUCCUCUGGAACUGGGGGUCCCUCUUUCUAGGGUCACCUGCCAGGGCUUAUGACUGUGAAUCCCUGAUGUCAUGAUUUUAUGUGAUGACUCCUGGGAGUCUCCCACCCUUGGGGUAGGAGCAGGGCUGGCCCCCAAGUCCCUUCCUCUUCCAUGGAGAGAAGAGUUAUCUGGCUUCUCCUGGACCUCUGUGAAUAUUUAUUCUAUUUAUGGACCCCAGGAAGUGUGUUUGGUGAAGGAAGCCCCUCUUGGGGCCUUUCUGCCGGCGCUGGAGUAGCUCCCUCUUCUGCACCUGGCUCAGGGGGCUGGGAUUUUGAUAAUUUUUCUAAUAAAGGACUUUGUCUCGC